AUGAGUACUGCGGAUGAGGGACAGUCUAUCCCAAACGCAGACGCUGAAAAACCCACAGAGCCCGUUGACAAUGAAACUAAAACUUCGGAGACAGCUGACGACGCUGCGAAAGUUAAACAGGAAGAAAAUGCAGUCAAAACUGAGACUGAUAAACCUGUCAAUGCUGAUGUAGUUGCAACUAAUAGUGAUGAGGCUGCAACUAAAUCUGAAGAGACUGCAACUAAAUCUGAGGAGCCUGCAACUAAAUCUGAGGAGCCUGCAACUGAAUCUGAGGAGCCCGCAAUCAAAGCUGAGGAGCCCGCAACCAAAGCUGAGGAGCCCGCAACCAAAGCUGAGGAGCCUGCAACCAAAGCUGAGGAGCCUGCAACCAAAGCUGAGGAGCCUGCAACCAAAGCUGAAGAGCCUACAACCAAAGCUGAAGAGCCUGUAACCAAAGCUGAAGAGCCUGUAACCAAAGCUGAAGAGCCUGCAACCAAAGCUGAAGAGGCUGUAACUGACGCAUCAAAUAAGGAAACCGUGACUAAGACCGAAGAACCUACAGCAGUGACUACGACCGAUACAGCAGCGACUGCGACCGACACAGUAGCCAAGACUACAGAGAAUCAAGCUAAGGCAGAAGUUCCAGUGAAUGAAACUAAUACCGAAGCUACCAGAGAGAUUACAAAGGAUCAAUCAUCAUCAGAUGUAAACAAAGAUCUUCCAAAAGUUCCAUCUCCAAAGAGAAAGAGCAUUUUGGCGAGGGCUAAGAGCUUCUUCACCCGAAAACAGUAA